AUGGGAGUUGGUGUCUCGACAUCUGGUGCAACGGGGAAUGCUUCUGGCGUGAGAAUAGUAGUCACCGGGGAUGCGAAGACGAGGAAAUCGAGCUUCAUAGUUACGGUUGCAGUGGAAAAUUGUCCAACCAAUGUUCCUCCGAUGGUGCCACCUACAAGGCUGCCAUUAUUGAUAAUUAUUCCAGGCCGAUUUCACUAUGAAAGUAGCUUUUCACAGAUUCAGAGCAUUGCUAACGGGGUGAGAAUCUGCUGUAGAACACAGAUGUUCCAAGGUUGCAAAGGUUCUGAAAUCUUGCAGAAGUAA